AUGUCCAAGGAAUUCACAUCUGUUGUGUCGGAUAGCAGCUCGGUCAGCGAGUCUAGAAGAAGACAAAUACGGCGGGACGAAGCCAUACGGCGUCGCAUAGAUCACGAGUUUAGUAAAAAAAGAAGAACUCCAACCAAGCCUAAAAUACCGAGGCGCGGCCUUCCAGGGUCUGUUUUAUCUUUGAAACCAUCGGAGCCCGUCACAUGUACGAAAAAUACAACUAUAUAUGAGGUGGCUCAGCUAAUGCUGGCGAAGAGGUGCAAUUGUGUGCUAAUAGUAGACGACCACGAAAAACUCUUGGGGCUAUUCACGUCUAAAGAUUUGGCAUUCAGGGUAGUUGGAAGUGGUUUGGAUGCAACCGUUGCUACAGUGGGACAGGUAAUGACAUCGAACCCGCUUACUAGCUCGGCAACUUCUCCUGCCUCGCAGGCUCUAGACCAAAUGCUUGAGCACAAGUUUAGACACAUGCCAGUGGUAGAAGACUCAAAUACAGAAAUCAUUGGUGUCCUUGACAUUGUGACAUUCUACAAGAAGCAGAUGAAGAAAUUCGAACGACUCAAUGCUAAUUCGGCUAGGUUAUUUGACACUUUGGAUGUUUUACACAAUGAUCUCGGUAUGGAAUCCAAUCCUCCUCAUAUUGAAGAGUACUUGGAAUCGCUCCGUAGCCAGGUAAAUGGUCCAACAAUACAGUCUGUAGUUGGCAAUGUAUCCCGGCCUGUUUUUGCAUCUUUGAAAGCUACUGUCUACGAAGUCGCCAAUAUGAUGAAAGCUAACAACACCUCGGUGAUUCUCAUACGAGAUGGAUCUGGCAAGGUGGUGGGCAUCGUCAGCUCAAAAGAUGUGACUUUUCGUGCUAUUGCCGCUGGUUUAAACCCUAAAAUAUGCUCCGUGGUCCGAGUAAUGACUGCAAAUCCUGAUGUGGUCAAUACAUCGACUACAAUUCGACAAGCAUUGAAGCAAAUGCUAGACGGUAAUUACCUCAACUUGCCUGUGGAAGACAGUUCUCAUUCAAUCAUUGCGGUCGUUGAUGUUUUAAGCUUGAUUCAUGCAACGUUGCAAAAUGUGGGCCCAGCCGAACUCGAAGGUGGUGGUUCUCGGUGGAACAAUUUUUGGACCACAGUUGAUGACGAGCUGGAGUCCGGAAGGUCGGUGAAUGACUCUGGAGAAUUGAACUCUUUUCUGAUGGAAAUCAAGCCCUCGGAUUCAGUUUCUCAUACUGCAUCUCCGUUAAAGAAUCGAGUUCGGUCUUUAAACCAGACUCAAUCCAUGACGGGAAGUGACAGCAUAUUAGACUCACUUGAAAGUUUUGUCGUUAAGCUUAGAACAAGCUCCAAGAUCUUCAUUCUUCCUCUUGAAGAUGACAUGGACAUAGACAAUUUGGCGUUUGAAAUCUCUCAGCGAGCCAAUCGCCCGGAAGAAAGUAUCGUAUUGAGUUAUCUAGAUGAGGAUGGCGAUAAGAUUUCACUCCAGAAUAAGACCGACUUGUUGCAAUAUAUCACGAGGCACAAAGCAAAAGGGAAAAAUAAAGUGGAUGUUUGGGUAGAUUCAGUUACUCCUACAAAGACGACUAUGGUGGGCUCCCAAUGGAUAAUCCCUGCCACCUUCUUGAUUGCCGCAACAGCGGUAGUAGUCUACACUUUACAACGAAAAAGAUGA